AUGCUUAAUUUGCAUUGCAGCCUCGAUGGAACUAGUAGGCCUACCCAUUACCAUGUGCUGCUAGAUGAAGUUGGUUUCUCUCCAGAUCAGCUGCAGGAGCUUGUCCAUUCAUUAUCAUAUGUGUAUCAGAGGAGCACUACUGCCAUUUCUGUUGUUGCCCCAAUAUGCUAUGCACACUUGGCUGCAUCCCAGCUGGGACAUUUCAUGAAAUUUGAGGACAAGUCUGAGACAACUUCAAGCCAUGGUGGAGUGAGUGGUUCUGGUGCUGUUCCCGUCCCUCAGUUGCCUCCGUUGCAGGACAAUGUGCGAAACACAAUGUUCUUUUGUUGA